AUGGAUCACAGUGGGGGACAGAUCGAUCAUAAUCGGCUGACUGAUAGCAAGAGAGUCUGUGCUACAGCUGCAAGAGUUGGUAGUCUUCCGGUUCUAAAAUGGGCCCUCGAUACGGGAUUUGAAUGGGGUCCUCAGACAUGUGCUACUGCUGCUUCCCAUGGUCAUUUGGACAUCCUCAAAUAUGCCCAUGAAAACAACUGUCCUUGGGAUGAAGGCACAUGCGAAAAUGCUGCUCGAAAAGGUCAUUUCAGAAUCUUGAAAUAUGCCCAUGAAAACAACUGUCCUUGGAAUAGGCUCACAUGUUCCCAGGCCGCUUUGAAUGGCCAUUUGGAUAUCCUCAAAUAUGCCCACGAAAAGGGAUGUCUCUGGGAUGAAGAAACAUGCGCCGGUGCUGCUUCAAAUGGCCAUUUGGAAAUCUUAAAGUACGCCCAUGAAAAUGGCUGUCCCUGGAAUUGGCAAACAAGCACUGCUGCUGCUUUUAACAGCCGUGUGGAUAUCCUCAAAUAUGCACAUGAAAAUGGCUGUCCAUGGAACCAACUCACAUGCUAUCAAGCUGCAGAAACUGGCAAUUUGGAAGUGUUGAAAUAUUUGCACAGCAACAGUUGUCCAUGGCAUGAAGAUACAUGUUGCCAUGCUGCUGGAAAUGGUCAUUUGGAAAUCCUGAAGUAUGCCCACGAAAAUGGAUGUCCCUGGGAUGAAAACACAUGUUGCCUUGCUGCUGAAAGUGGUCACUUGGAAAUCCUGAAGUAUGCCCAUGAAAAUGGAUGUCCAUGGGACCAACGCACAUGUCAUGCUGCUGCUCGGAAUGGGCACUUUGAAAUCAUCAAGUAUGCCCAUGAAAACGAUUGUCCAUGGGAUAUGGACACAUGCAAUGCUGCUGCUCUGAGUGGCAAUGUGGAACUUGUUAGAUAUGCCCAUGAAAAUGGCUGUCCAUGGGACCAUCACACAUGUCGUCAUGCUGCUGGAUUUGGCCAUCUGAAAAUUCUGAAGUAUGCUCAUGACAACAACUGUCCCUGGGAUGAACACACAUGCAGCACUGCUGCCAGAAGUGGCCAUUUGGAGGUGCUAAAGUUUGCUGUUGAAAAUGGAUGCCCAUGGGAUGCAAAUACUUUAUUGAUGGUUGGCACCCCUCAGGUAAAGGCUUGGGUUGAUGCGCAUUUGUCUCAGAGUAAUGCCCAAAGUGCAGGGUAG